AUGGACUUCAGCGACGGCAGCAGAUCCUCCCUGAGUGCAAGUGACGACUUCCGCUGCGCUUGCCCUCCUGUGGAGCCCGCGCUGCCAGCUGACGCGCACGGCCUCUGCCUGUCUGCUCCCCAGUGUCGGCAGCGGACAAUGCAGCCGGCGGUGGUCGUCGCCGCGCUGGCGGCUCUGUUGGCUUCAGACGGGACGGUGCUGGACUGCGUCUGCAGCCACCUCCGCGACGUCACUGGCUCCGCCAGCAUCUGGGGAGCGAGUGCCGGAGAACGUUACAUCUGGUUGCACUACUGUGAAUAUCCCGAAUGGUUCCCAGUGGCCGUAGCGUGCGGGGCCCCGGAGCGCCCGCCCGCCGCAGACUCGCCUGUGGAGCGCCUGACGGCCCGCCUCUGGGACUACGGGCCGCCGCCGCCGCCGCCCGCAGGUGGGCGGCAGGGAGGGAGAGCGGGGUGCGCCGCCGCCCUGGCCGAGCUCCGCCGCCUCGCGUGGGACGAAGCCUGGCAGCUCGUCCAGCAGCUCGACUGCCGGAUCGCCGACGGCUGCGUCGACUCCUGCCCUGAGCCGAGGUUGAACAACAUGGAAUGGAACAUGACAACGCUGCAAACGGAUGAUCUGAGGCAUAUCCUGUGUCAGUCACUCCAAGCUGUGCGGCGCAUCACAAGAGCCACGGUCGGCAGGAUGAGAUGUGAGAGCUGGCGUCUACCUGACUCUGAGUGGAUGUAUAAAACUGUUUUCCAGGAACGCCUCUCCAGCUACUGGCGAGAUGUGGCGCAGCUGCUCUCACUCAGUGCGACGCACUACUCUCAGCUGUUGGUUCCCCUCGCAUUAGAAGAUAUGGGUAGCCACACGAGUGGUCAGCAACUCCAUGGUUGGACCAAGGACGUGGAACGUGUGAAAGACAUGCUGCACACGAAAUUAACCGGAUUGGUACACGACGCGCAAUACAUCAGCAAACAGGUAGAGCACUACGAGAUGGAAGAAGACAAGGACAGGCCGGGACGCUUGAUACUCAGGCGACCGCUGUUGAGUGAACGCCUACUGCGCUAUCAGCCGUGGAACCUCUCCUUUCCCGACGACUUCAGUGCGCUGUGCGAGGAGCGGCAGCCACAGGCGUCGCAGAUGUUCAGCCUCGCUGCCUCACUGUACGCCGCCUAUCGCGUCUACUGGUACGCUGCAACUGAGUUCAUCGAUUUAUUAUACGAAGAUGAAUUCAAGACUGUAGAUGAGGAAUGGCAGCUGGAGGACAGAAGCAGCGCUACGCUCUCCGUGGACACUGACUGUGUGCAGCUAUUGGCGAACGCCCUGGACCACCCCACGUGUCCGCUGGAAGACCUGCCGCUGGAAGCCCUUAAGCAGCGCGAGCAGUGCCGUGUACAGCUGUGGGACGACGUGGUGCAGAGGUCGCCCCACAUACCCGUCACCAGCUACCUGGCCUACACGCAGAGGGUGAACGUCAACCUCUGUCUGCUGGCCUGGAUGGCAGUCAACUCGUACAGCAUUUGUGAGGGCGUCCCGUUUAGUAUCAUACAGUCCUUGCUCGACAUCACGCGUGUCACUCAGAGAAAACUGUUGCGAACUACACUGUGCGUAACUCACGCCCCUGCCGUCAAAUUCGGCACCGUCACAUCCAUUGCCAGAGCCCUUCAGAUUUGGGGUCAGCAGUCUGUACAGCCCCCAGAGGCAGGGAGGGACAACCAACCUGCAUCCGGCGAGGCUAACGAGCCAGAACUCAUGGCUGAGUGCGAGGGUUCGCAAAUGGGGCGUAGCGAGUAUGGCUCGUCCUGUUUCCGAUAUGCAACAACUUUCCACAAACCAAACUGA